AUGAAGGUGAAUAAAAAUUUAUAAGAUGCAAUUAUUAAUCUAAAUUCUUUAAGUAUUCCAAGGACUGAAAUAGUUAUUGGAAGAAUAUUUAGCAAACCAGGAUAAUUAUAUAAAGAUUUAUUUACAGAGGAUGAAAUUAAGAAAUUUCAAAAUAAUCUGAAUAUUUCUGAAUAGUAAUUAGCAAACAUUGUAAAUGCAUUCACAUUUGUAUUAAUGCAUGUUGUUGCAGAAAGAAAUUUAAGUUAAGUUGAAGAAGUAUUAGCAUAAAAUGGAAUGGUAAUAAAUUAUUCUAUAUUUUUAAUAGUCUUAAGAUCAUAUUGAAGUUUUUAGGUAAUAAUGGAUAUAAUAUGGGAAUGAAUAUUCUAUUAGAAUAAGAGAAAAACCAAUAGCUGUAUAAGAUGUAUUACAUUCUUUUAAUUGGAAAAUCAGUUUAUAAGUUGAUGAAUCAAGAUUACCAUAAAAGAGUAUCUAUAAUAAAGUAUGAAAUACAGAUGUCGCAAAUUUUAUGAAUGUUGAUGGAAAAAUUGAAGAUGCUAAUGAUUUAUAUUCACAUGAUGCAAGAAAUCCAGCUACAACCUUUGUAUUUGAAACUAAACCUUCAGGAGAGAAUAAUAAAGUUGAUAAAUUUAGCAUUAAAUUUUAAAAGGCUUAGGUUUAAGAUUUAUUUGAAUAAUUGGAAAGUAUUUAAGAAAGUUUGGAUAAAUUAAUUUGA